GAAGUCACUUCCGUUGAGUUUGCUUUUAGUUCGAGUUCGGAGUUUCGGGGCACGCGACACAGAACGCCAGCAGCUGUCCUGACGCAAGGACACGAAAACCACAUUACAUCAGUCACCUUUAAGCAGUCGAUCAGGCAACAACGUGCUCCAAUCCACAAAAACACCCGCAACGCCCACAAAUUCUUCCCGCGGAAAGCAAGUAGGAACCAAAGAAGCUGAGCAUGGCUGCCCUGAGCUUCAGCCCACCGCCGCCUCCCAAGGAGAGCAAGGAGAAUCCGGCGCCAGGACUGAAGGCCACCCUGAAGCCCUUCGGCAAGAUCACGGUUCACAAUGUUUUGAGCGAGAGUGGCGCCAACGCCUUGCAGCAGCACAUCGCCAAUCAGAACACCAUUAUCCGCAAGAUCAGGGACUUCGGCAUGCUGGGCGCGGUUCAAAGUGCCGCGGCGAGCACCACCAGCACCACGCCAAUACCCAGUCAAAGGAAGCGACCACUGGGCGAGUCCAAGCAGAACCAGCAGAACCUGCCGAGCCUGCAGAGUCUGCAGAACCAGCAGCCACCCACCAAAGCUCCAGUGCCUGCCAAGCGAACAAAGACCAGCAAGAAGUCCGCUGUGGAGAAGCCACCCAAGGCCCCAGCUAUGCCAACGCAACCCAGUAAAAGCCAAGCGGAGCCAGCCAGUUUGGGAACGCCGGGCAGGAAGGGCUUGCCCCUGCCCCAAGCCGUGGCGCGUAGAAAUGCCCGCGAGAGAAACCGAGUGAAGCAGGUCAACAAUGGGUUCGCUUUGCUGCGCGAGAAGAUUCCCGAGGAGGUCUCCGAGGCAUUCGAGGCCCAGGGAGCGGGCCGGGGAGCCAGCAAGAAGCUGUCCAAGGUGGAGACCCUCCGCAUGGCCGUCGAGUAUAUAAGGAGCUUGGAGAAGCUCCUUGGCUUCGACUUCCCCCCGCUCAACAGUCAAGGCAAUAGUUCUGGUUCCGGCGACGACAGCUUCAUGUUUAUCAAGGACGAAUUCGAUGGUCUCGACGAGCACUUCGAUGACUCCCUGAGCAACUACGAAAUGGAGGAACAACAGCCGGCAGUACAAGCUCUACCACUGGAGAAUCAGAAUCAGAAUCAGAAUCCCCCGCAGACCAGCAACGAUCUCCUGCCCAGCUUAACCACUCUGAACGGGAUGCAGUACAUCAGGAUACCGGGGACGAAUACCUACCAACUACUAACCGCCGAAUUAUUGGGCAGUUUGAGUCAGCAGGAGCAGCCGGGAACAGCUGCCAGCUCGGGCCAGUUAUCGCGAUCGCCCGUGCCACAAAAGGUGGUGAGCAGUCCCUGCUCGUCGCCGGUUUCACCUGUCGCCUCGAAUGAACUGCUAUUGCAGGCGUGUGCCUCCCAGCUGCAACAGCAACUGAUCAAACAGGAAUACACCAGCGCCAGCAGCAGCAGCAGCAACAUAAACGACAUCAACAUUAACAACAACAACAGUAGCAACAACACACUGAGUUCCCCGCUGCAGCAGCAACAGCAGCAGCAGGUUCAGAUCCUGGUAUCCUCGCCCGUUUUACCUGCUUUCUACGACCAGGAACCCGUUAGCUUCUACGACAACGUGGUUCUUCCCGGCUUCAAGAAGGAGUUCAGCGAUAUCCUCCAACAGGAGCAGCCCAACAAUACGGCCGGCGGUUGCCUCUCCGACGAGAGCAUGAUCGAUGCCAUUGACUGGUGGGAGGCACAUACGCCCAAGUCCGAUGGGGCAUCCACCAAUCUGUCGAUGUAGCCAAGUUGAAUACCAAUCGCAAUUCUCUUGAGUGUUUGAAACCCUUCAAAAGAGGUGUUGUUAGUCCAGAAAUAUAUUUUAGCAUACUUUUCAACACCCUAUGAAGCGAUUUCAAUCCCUAGAGAUCUGUCGUAUUUUAUGUGUAUGUCAAUAGUUUUUUUUUUUAACCAAGCCUUGACUGAGUCAUAUUGUAAAUAGCAAAUAAAAAAAGGAGUCUAAGAAAGAACGAGAAUAUAAAAGUCAUCUAGUGAUACAAACCAAAUCUAAGACCCACCCACAAAAUAGUUGACCUGAUAAAGAGCUAAAUGUUGAGCCAGUCCUAGUUUAUAGUCUUUUCCAACAAACUAUAUUUUUUUAGUUACUUAAGAGCCCAAUUUUUUUUCUUAGAUUUAAUUGUACGAAUGUUGAGUUGAUAAGCAAGGAAAU